AAAUUCACUCCAAAUAAAUUCCAAACCCAAACGCAACCCAGAUUACUCCCCUCCCGCCCCUCCCCUCCACCACAACCACCACCACACGCUCUCUCUCUGAACCAAAUCCCCAUCAAAACCACCGCUUUCUCUCUCCAAACUAAACUUCAUUUCACCCCUUCCUCACUCGAAAACAAAAGUAAGGAUCUCUCUUUAUUCAAAAAAGAAACAACACAUAUUUACUUUUUGACAUGACUGAUUACCGUCUACCACCGACAAUGAAUCUAUGGACGGACGACAACGGGUCUGUAAUGGAAGCGUUUAUGAACUCCUCCGAUCUCUCUUCUCUUUGGGCACCGCCUCCGCAAACCUCCGCCUCCUUUUCAACGCCAGCAGCAGCAACAGCAGCGCAGCCAUCUGAUAAAACUAUGUUGAACCAAGAAACACUCCAGCAACGCCUCCAAACAUUAAUCGAGGGCGCGCGCGAGAGCUGGACUUAUGCAAUUUUCUGGCAAUCCUCUUAUGAUUAUUCAGGCGCUUCCGUAUUAGGAUGGGGCGACGGAUAUUAUAUAGGGGAAGAAGAUAAAGGCAAAGGUAGGAUGAAAAAUUCGGCAUCAUCAGCUGCUGAACAGGAGCACCGUAAAAAGGUGCUCCGUGAGCUGAAUUCGUUGAUUGCCGGGCCUAGUUCCGUUACUGAUGAUGCUGUUGAUGAAGAGGUUACAGAUACCGAGUGGUUUUUUCUUGUUAGCAUGACUCAAUCUUUUGUUAAUGGAAGUGGGUUACCUGGUCAAGCUCUUUUCAAUGGGAGUCCGGUUUGGGUUGCUGGCUCGGAGAGGUUGGGGACUUCGCCGUGUGAAAGAGCAAGGCAGGGUCAGGUUUUUGGUUUGCAGACUUUGGUUUGUAUACCGUCGGCAAAUGGUGUUGUUGAAUUGGGUUCCACUGAAUUGAUUUUUCAAAGCUCGGAUCUGAUGAAUAAGGUUAAGGUUCUGUUUAAUUUUAAUAGUUUGGAAGUGGGUUCAUGGCCGAUUGGAACAACAAAUACUGAUCAGGGUGAGAAUGACCCGUCUUCGCUUUGGCUUACUGAUCCAGAAACUAAAGAUGGAAAUGCUGGGAUUCCGUCAACUACUCCGGCUCAUCAGACUGGGAACAAUAACAAUCAUCAUAGUUCGAGCAGUUUGACUGACCAUUCAGGCGGAAUUCAUCAUGUUCAGAAUCAUCACAGCCAUCAACAGCAGCAGCAGCAGAUGCAUACUCAGAGUCUUUUCACUAGAGAGUUGAAUUUUGGGGAGCACAGCACGUAUGAUGGGAGUACUGUUAGGAAUGGGAAUUCCCAUUUGAUGAAGCCAGAAUCUGGAGAGAUAUUGAAUUUUGGGGAGAGUAAGAGGAGUCCUUCCAGCGCAAAUGGGAAUUUCUAUUCGGGUUUGGUGACGGAGGAGAGUAAUAAGAAGAAAAAAUCACCUGCUUCUAGAGGUGGUAAUGAAGAAGGGAUGCUUUCGUUUACUUCUGGUGUGAUUUUAUCUUCUUCUGGUUUGGUGAAAUCGAGUGGUGGUACAGGCGGGGAUUCAGAUCACUCUGACCUCGAGGCUUCGGUUGUAAAAGAGGCUGAUAGCAGCAGGGUUGUGGAACCCGAAAAGAGGCCACGAAAACGAGGGAGAAAACCUGCGAAUGGAAGAGAAGAGCCUUUGAAUCAUGUUGAAGCAGAGAGGCAAAGAAGAGAGAAACUUAAUCAGAGGUUUUAUGCACUACGAGCUGUGGUUCCUAAUGUAUCAAAGAUGGACAAAGCUUCCCUUCUUGGCGAUGCAAUAUCGUAUAUCAAUGAGCUUAAAACGAAGCUGCAAUCUGCUGAGUCCAGCAAGGAGGAGUUGGAGAAUCAAGUAGAGUCAAUGAAGAGGGAGUUAGUAAGUAAGGAUUCAAGCCCUCCUCCCAAUCAGGAGCUUAAGAUGUCAAAUGACCAUGGAGGUAGACUGAUAGACAUGGAUAUUGAUGUGAAGAUUAGUGGAUGGGAUGCAAUGAUACGAAUCCAAUGUUGCAAAAUGAACCACCCUGCUGCUAGGCUAAUGUCGGCUUUGAAAGAUUUGGACCUUGAUGUUCAGUAUGCGAAUGUGACUGUAAUGAAUGAUUUGAUGAUCCAGCAAGCUACAGUGAAGAUGGGGAAUCGGUAUUACACCCAAGAAGAGCUAAAGGUAGCCAUAUCUACAAAAGUUGGUGAUGCCCGAUAGGCAUUGAACAGAGCCACAGAUGCGAUUAGCAGUUGGGAUAGGUCUUGGUAAAGAUUAUAGGUCCCGAGUUUCUUUAUUAAUGUUGUAGGAUUUUGGGACGUUUUAAGGCUCCCCUGGUAGCACAAGCUCUGUACAAUAGCAUUAUUUCUUGGUGUUUCUUCGUAGCUGUUUUGGUAUAAUUCUGAGUUGGGGCACUUUAAUUUGAGGGGCUGAACUGACGAGCUAUGUAGAUUUAUGAGGCUCCAAUCAAGUGAAAAUAGCUAUUUUUGUGUUUAUUUCCUGUCUGGCAUUGAUGUAUAUAUUGAAAUUCAAACCUGAUCAAUUUUCUGGGUUAAA